GGUGACGUCAUACACAAACAGCUGGUCGCUGGCGGAAAAGCUGGAGAGAAAAUGUAGAGCAGCGCACAAGACACGGAGCACCGCAACCGGGCUGGAGCCCAUCACGCACGUUUGUCUUUUAACGAUGUGUCAGCUGGAGCGCGUGGGCUCCGCACGCGCCGCUGUCACGCUCCUUUUGCUGCUUUGCACUCUGGGAGAUUGCCUUUUUGUGACCGAAUACUUCACCCGAACGCCUCGUAAGCUGAAUGCUUUCAACUCCUUUGCCAGUGUGGAACUGUUCCACUUCAAUGUGCCUGAUGACACCAUGAUGGCUGUAUGGAACCUCAUCACCUUCAAGGAGCAAGGGGGCACAUUUGGAGACAACUGUCCAAACAGAAAUGUGACUGUGUAUUUCAGGUCUGGGGCUCCUCCAGUGAUCAACCCUCUGCACACCCAUUUCCCAAGAGAUACUGUUGUCCCAGGAUCCUUUGCGAUAACACUGACCUGGACUCUGCCAAAUCGUACAACAGGAGUAUUCAACGUGACCAGCCCGCUCCCUGGAGACUGGUUCCUUGCAGCACAUUUACCCAAGGACGAAGGCAAGAUCUCAGUCAAGGGUCUGUCUGAAGAGUGCCAGUAUCUGUUUCAGCCACAGCUCAUUGUGCAGAGGCUCAUUGGGAUUUCACUCCUCUAUCCCGGAUACUUCAUUGACCAGAUGAUCCCCAUCCACAACAAAUCUGCACUUUACAAAGUGUUCAUCCCCAAUUAUAUCUCUAAGGUGAAGGUUCAACUCGUAAACUGCAGCACCAAGAACAAGAGCAGUGACAGUUGUCCCGUGGUGCUGAAGAUAAGAGCGCGGGCGCCUCCGGUGCAUAACUCAAGUGCCCUCGAUUGCAGAGAGUGGAACCCUUGUGAAUUAGACACCCUCGUACCUGCCUGGGAACAAUGGUAUUACAUUCUGGUGGAGCGAUAUCUCAGCACAUCGGAUGUCUACUUUCGAAUAGGGGUGAAGGUCAAAGAUUGCUCCAAGCCCAAUUUUUCAAAGGAUCAAGCCCAGCCCAGCUCAUCAAUGAACAUGCCACAGUCUUUUGGAACGGCCAUGGGCUUCUCUUUGUCCGAGGCGCUCUCCGUGGCGGCUCUGCCCGCCCUCUCUCAGAAUACCAGUUCCACCUCGCACAGCUCAGAUGACAGCAUCACGUACCUCGCCCCCACUGCUGACGCUAACAAGUGCUGGCCCAUCCGUCCCACCCUGCGCAAUGAGCUGGACACCUUCUCAGUGCACUUCUACGUCUUCUUUGGUCCAAACAUAUCAGUUCCACCAGACAGGGCUGCUGUGUUUGCCAUUAACCUAAUGCCAGUUUUAGACAGCGGAGGAGUUCUCAACAUGGAGCUCAAACUCAACACGUCUACUCUGCGAGGGGCUAAUGUGACCGUGUUUGGCUGUCUGAACCACGGGAUGCCUCUUUUCUUACGAGAAAACUCAUCACUGAAAUGUGAAUCAGAAUCAGUGAGUGGGUUUUUUCUCUCCGUGAAUGCCUCCUCUAACACCACCAAGCUGAGGAUCCCUUAUCCACAAACGGGCACCUGGUACCUCAGCCUGCGCUCUUUGUGUGCCACUCAACACGGGUUUGAAGCUUGCACUAAUGUUACAGCUGAGAUGUACAUGCGCUCAUACCUGACUCCAUGCAUCAAUGACUGUGGGACAUAUGGCCAGUGUAAACUUCUGCGCACCAACAACUACCUUUAUGCUGCAUGUGAAUGCAAAGCAGGCUGGGAUGGAUGGGGAUGUACCGAUAACUCCGAGGCCUACUCCUACAGUUUCCAGCUCCUCUCCACCCUGCUACUCUGCCUCAGCAACUUGAUGUUUGUCCCGCCAGUGGUCAUCGCCAUACGGAGCCACUACCUCCUAGAGGCCUCGGUCUACAUCUUCACCAUGUUCUUCUCCACUUUCUACCACGCAUGUGACCAGCCAGGAAUUGUGGUAUUUUGCAUCAUGGAGUAUGAUGUUCUUCAGUUCUGUGACUUUCUUGGGUCUCUCAUGUCAGUGUGGGUCACUGUCAUCGCUAUGGCCCGACUCAAAUCAAUCAUCAAACAGGUGCUGUACCUGCUGGGGGCGAUGUCACUGUCCAUGGCUCUGCAGCUGGAUCGUCACGGCCUGUGGAACCUAUUGGGUCCCAGUCUGUUUGCUCUGGGUAUCAUGGCUGUGGCAUGGACCGUGCGCACCAUUCGCCGCCGGCGUUGCUACCCACCUACUUGGAAGCGCUGGGUGUUCUUCCUCUUCCCGGGCACCAUGAUAGCCACGUCAGCUGUCGCCCUCUAUGCCUUCGUGGAGACGGAGGAGAACUACUUCUACAUCCACAGCAUCUGGCACAUGCUAAUCGCGGGGAGCGUGGGCUUCCUCCUCCCGCCUCGUGCCAAGCCUGAUGCCAAGGUGACCCCACUGAAACGUAGGUGGGGCUGCGGUUAUCAGCUGUGCGUUAACGAGCACGAGGAGAUGGGCCUGGUGGAUCCGCCCAUCAUCUCCAUCAACAGCAUCUGCACCAGCUGAUGAACUCCGCAGCCUUUGACCUCUGAGACACUCCAUUGCCUUCUUUUAUUGGCUGAUUCACACAUGGGAAAAUAAGCCACAGGACUCAAAUAAGUAAUGUAAAUACUUUACUGCAGA